CCGCAUCUUACGAAUAUCAUGUAUAUAAUUUUGUCAGUUAUAAGUCAGUCAGUCAGUCAAGUUAUUUUGUCAUGAUUUGUGAAGAAGGCUGCAUUAUACAUUACCAUUUUGACAUACUAUUUAGUAAAAUAUAAUGCACAUUACACGUACAGUUCGUCAGGCCAAAAUAGUCGGGGGCAUUGCUUCCACCCCACACGAAUUUCCAUACCAAGUAAACCUCCGAUACCACGAUGAAUUACUUUGUGGUGGUUCCAUCUUAUCAACAAUUUUCAUUCUGACCGCGGCACAUUGUGUCAAAUACAAGUUGGCUUCAAAACUCUCCAUCGUCGCUGGAGACCAUGACCACAUCGUUCGCGAGGGGAAUGAGCAGCUUCGAAACGUCUCGCAAAUUUUCAUGCAUGAGGACUACAACUGGGAAUCGGACGAGAAUGACAUCGCCAUCCUCGCACUUUCUCGACCUUUGGAGCUCAACAGAUAUGUGGGGAAUAUUUCGUUGCCGGAGAAAAAUACUGAAUUUUCAGGAAUGGCAACGGUAGCAGGCUGGGGAAAGGUGAAAGAAUACUUAUCUUCCACUUCGGACAUUCUGCAAAAAGUUAAAGUGCCCAUCAUUAGUAAAUCAGAGUGUCAAAAAAGUUACGGAAGGGUCAAGAUGAACGUGACUGAUGGGAUGCUGUGUGCAGGAAACACGGACCAAGAUUCAUGUCGAGGCGACUCUGGUUCACCUCUAGCAUGUCAACUGGCUGGGAAAACUGUGCAAUGUGGAAUCGUCAGUCACGGAAUUGGUUGUGGAAGAAAAGGCUUCGCUGGAAUUUACACGGACGUCUCGAAAUAUGUGGACUGGGUGGCAAACACAAUGGAUCAAUUGAGAUUGAAAACCAAGUGUAAAAUGAACCGGUUCUAUUGUCCCGAAGAUAAGAAAUGCAUUCCACGUUCAAACCUUUGUAAUCAGAUUAAAGAUUGCUCGAAAGGGUUCGAUGAGCGGAAUUGUGAAUCAUUCACUAGAUCACCUCCAACUCAUUUCCGUUGUAAUAAUGGCAUUUCGAUUAAAUCGAGCUGGGUUUGUGAUUCAACGGAUGAUUGUGGGGACAAUUCUGACGAGGAAAAGUGUGCCAAAGGUACUUGCUCCUCUACCCAGUUCCAAUGUCCAGGAGAUGGUCGUUGUAUCGAAAAAUCGUGGCUCUGUGACGAUUUUAUUGACUGUGAAGAUGCAAGUGACGAAGCGUCCUGUAAUGACAAUGAACUCAUUCCAACUUCUCCUUCACUGGAUGGAGGACAAGUCUCGACUGACGGGAAUAAAGAUGAUUCUUGUGAUAAAGGAUUUUUCCGAUGCCCAGGAAAUCGGAUUAGAGGAAUUUGCAUUCCCGAAAGGUGGCUGUGUGAUGGAGAAAAGGAUUGCAAGAUGGGAGAGGAUGAAGACAAUUGUUCUUCUAACUCUAGUCCCACCACUACCAGUUUGGAUACCGAUAUUUCGACAAGGACGACCCAAACUUCAACGAUAUCCUCCUUAUCGACAUCCUCCAGACCUGCAGAUACGGGCGAAUGCACUUCAACCCAAUUUUACUGCCCCAGUUUGAAACUCUGCAUUCCGCGAUCCUUUUUAUGCGAUGGCGACGAAGAUUGUCCACCAGGAGUAGAUGAAGCCAAUUGCACAGUGAACAAGCCACCUACUCGGAGACCUCUCACUAGCGUCGUCAUUCUUGGAAGUGGUUCACAAAUCAAUGCCACAAAAAUUACCGUAUUUCCUCCAUUUAAACCGAAGUGUCCGAGCAGCGACUAUUUUAAGUGCAAGUCGGGAGACUGUGUUUUAAAGGACUUAAUUUGUGAUUUGGAUCGUGAUUGUGACGACGGAUCCGACGAGUCUGAAUGCUCUACAAAGUCCCCUUGUUCCUGGCACCAGUGGAAAUGUGCAAAUGGCGACUGUAUUUACCACAGGUUUCGAUGUGACCGUGAUAUUGAUUGCGUCGACCAAUCUGACGAGGAUGAGACAUGUCGAUAUGAGAGUAAUAAGAAUUGUACAAGCUCAGAGUUUUCAUGCAGGAGUGGGGACUGCGUUCCUCUUUCAUUUAAAUGUGAUGGGGACGAAGACUGCCUUCCCGAAGGGGAGGAUGAGCAAGGUUGUCCUGAACCAUUGUACUAAUUGUGACACAAAGAACAAUAUAUUUCCUCAUUACUUUUAUUAAAUUAUAAUAGCGUCAUUUCUUACAAUUGAAUAUCAAUCUCGAAUAAAUUACGAUAAUUGUUA